AUGUCGCGGCGGCACGAUUUGGUUCCAUUGCCUCGGCAUAAGCCUCGGGUAGGGGAGUUAGCAGGCGGAGCAACAGCCGAUUGUGCAGCGAUCUGGUGUUGUUGUCCUUGCAUGACGGUAAACCUUCUAGUACUCGCAGUUUAUAAGGUUCCGUCAGCUAUAUGUAGGAAGGCUUGGAGAAAACAACGCAGUAGGAUGCUGAAGAAUAAGAAGAAGAAGAUGCUGGCACAAAAACAACAAGAGGAUGAAGAUCAAGAACAUGAAGAUGAAGAUGAAGAACGGAAUCAUCGAGAUAAUAUCCACCACCACCACCGGACGACGAGCUUGGAUGAAGAUCAACUGGACAUUGAUAAAUUGGAAUCAAGCAUGAGAAGUAAAGAAUUGACGGAGGAAGACAUUGAAUUUGAAAGACAAAUGUGGGGACAAUUCAAAGGAACUGGAUUCUUUCGAAGCCAUUCUCAGAGGGAGAUGUAAGUG